CGCGCUCCAUCGCCACGGCGCCGCGCAGACCCUCCAUCUUCCAGCUCGGCUCGGCCGCUCGCCCCGGCCCUGGGGUCGCGCUUCUCUCGGGACUCCUGCCCGCCCCCAGCCCCGGGCCUCCGCCGCUCUGCUGCCUGGAUCUCCCUCCCCCGCCACACACACUCACACGCGUCCGCGAGCGCACACGCGCGCGCGCACACACACACACACUCACACUCACGCUCAAACUGACACGCCAGCGAGCCGCUGGCCGCUCAAUGGACCGAUUUCCCCGGGUUCCCUGAUCCCAGUCCAGCCCGGGAUGAGAAAUUGCAAAAUGGCCCGGGUCGCCAGUGUGCUGGGGCUGGUCAUGCUCAGCGUCGCCUUGCUGAUUUUAUCGCUCAUCAGCUACGUGUCCCUGAAAAAGGAGAACAUCUUCACCACUCCCAAGUACGCCAACCCAGGGGCGCCCCGAAUGUACAUGUUCCACGCGGGAUUCCGGUCACAGUUUGCGCUGAAGUUUCUAGACCCGUCAUUUGUGCCCAUUACGAAUUCUCUCACCCAGGAACUCCACGAGAAACCUUCUAAGUGGACAUUUAAUCGGACAGCGUUUUUGCAUCAAAGGCAAGAAAUUCUUCAGCAUGUCGAUGUAAUAAAAAAUUUUUCUUUGACCAAGAAUAGUGUUCGGAUCGGACAACUGAUGCACUAUGAUUAUUCCAGCCAUAAAUAUGUUUUCUCUAUUAGCAAUAACUUCCGAUCACUGCUUCCAGAUGUGUCACCCAUUAUGAAUAAGCAUUACAAUAUUUGUGCUGUGGUUGGAAAUAGUGGGAUCCUGACAGGGAGCCAGUGUGGACAAGAAAUAGAUAAAUCAGAUUUUGUUUUUCGUUGCAAUUUUGCCCCUACGGAGGCUUUCCAAAGAGAUGUUGGAAGGAAAACCAACCUUACCACCUUCAACCCCAGCAUUCUGGAAAAAUAUUACAACAAUCUUUUGACCAUUCAGGAUCGUAACAACUUUUUUCUCAGUUUAAAAAAGCUUGAUGGGGCCAUUCUUUGGAUCCCUGCAUUUUUUUUCCACACUUCAGCAACUGUUACCAGAACAUUAGUUGACUUUUUUGUUGAACACCGAGGUCAGUUAAAAGUCCAGUUGGCUUGGCCUGGAAAUAUAAUGCAGCAUGUCAACAGGUACUGGAAAAACAAACAUUUGUCACCCAAACGGCUGAGCACAGGUAUUCUUAUGUACACCCUUGCAUCAGCAAUAUGUGAAGAGAUCCACUUGUAUGGAUUUUGGCCUUUUGGAUUUGACCCCAACACAAGGGAAGAUCUUCCAUACCAUUACUAUGACAAAAAAGGAACCAAAUUUACCACCAAGUGGCAGGAGUCCCACCAGCUGCCUGCUGAGUUUCAGCUGCUGUAUCGAAUGCAUGGGGAAGGGCUGACCAAACUGACUCUGUCACACUGUGCCUAAGAACUCCGAAUGGGAAGUGCCCGAUGGCUGUUUAAAGAAGUGCCCCAAAUCAAACUGAAUAGUCUUCUACCUAGAACCCCAGAGACUGUCUUAUAAGGCUUGUCUGCCACUUAAAUGAAAAGAUGUCUUCUUUUGCACUGCUCUUUGAAUGGUCUUAGCCAAUUUUGCAGGACAGAUGCACUGAAACUAUGUGAUUUAAACCUGAUUGAUGAAGGGAAUGUUGCAUUCGGAAGUAUGCUGCUAACAAAAUGGUUUGAAGUAUUUCCGUGUUUGUAUUUUAAUAAUAAACUGCUCCUGUGUCAAUGAGGACAAGAACUAUAGUUUUCUACAGCUCUGCUGAAGUAUAGUCCUCAUAAUCACAGGCCUCUGGCCAAUUGGGGCAGGAUCUGUUUAGCCAGUGGGAGCAAACUCUUCAGAAUGAAAACAAAAACCCCCUCUUCUCUUCUCUUUUCUUUUCUCCCCCUUCUUCCUCCUCCUCCUCCUCCUCUCUCUUUCUCUCUCUUCCUCCCUCUUCUUUCUAUCAUGUCUCUUCCUCUCCAUGCAGCCAUGUCCCUUGCCCCAUCACCAUGGAGUUUAAUAAUUUGCUAGGAAUCUUAUUGAAUUAGCUUUGCUUGUAUGUUUGCCUCUGUAUUUGAUGUGUUAAAGGCUGUAGGUCACUUUGAUAUUUCAUGACAAACUGAGCAAAUCAUGUUGAAUCCCCACAUGAUUAAUUUUAUAAGAAAUGCCUCUUAUAAAGUCCUCACUUGUCCAUAUGGUCAUUCAGCAGAAGGGUGGUCCCACUGGGGUGAGUGGAAUACAAUGCAGUGCAUCUUUCACUAUCUUAAAGAAACCCUGUGGCAUGGAUGGCAUUGCAUAUCUUGGCAUGAGUACAAUCAUGGCAGACAGUAUCACUGUGGCCUCAUCUGCAAGGGCCUUCUAGCCUACCUCUGAUGGUCCCAGUCCAAGCACUGGGCUGGGUAUCCUCUCAGAAUAUAGAGGCAAUGAGUCAGCUGAAUAGCCUGUGACACAUACAGGAAAAUAAAGAAUACUUUAAGAGUGGUUAUGGAAUCCUGUACACUGCAGAGCUGUAACCAUGUUACCUGAUCAGAGCCUUGGAGAACCAGCAGGGUUGGAGUGAAAGAGAAAGCCUGAAGUUGGCCAAGCACCCACCAUGUGAAUAAUGCUGGAGUGAGAUUGUCUCAGUACGGUGCCCUCCACCACCAGUCCAGAACUGCUUGUUCACUUUGAGACAGUUUUAAACACUAGAUAAUCCCAAUCCACUGAAAUCAGAUCUAUAUUCCUAUAAAUUAAGCAUUUCCAAAGGGAAAAGCCAUUGUACAAAAUAGCCCUUGAAAUUUGAGAUUAUGUAGACUUGUCAUGAAGGAGUUAGCCAGCCAUUCUCCUUUUCAUUAUUUCAGCCUUCAAAGUAGAAAUCACAUCACUCCUAUCCUUAGAUUUUUACUGAGCACACUUUGUUCUUCCAGUUCAGCCCAAAGUCUGGCCAAGUUGAUGUUAAAUUUUAAUAAGAAUUUCUUUUCUGUUUCCAAAUGCCAGUCAAACACAUUUGUUUUAUGUUUGAGUGGGAUACCUCAUUGUUUGCCAGAAACUUCAUCUAAACUGCUUGCAUGUGACAAAUAUGGUUAAAACUAAUUGCUGUUGCUCACUCAUCAGCACAUUACCCCUCUUUGAAAAGAUAUAAUCAUGCCUAAAAUUAAACAAAAUACAAUAAGCAGAGACAGCCAUGUUCUGCCUGGUCCUAAAGAUGAAUUGUUCUUUUCAGGAAGAUAAUCAGAGCAGCUUUCAUAGAUCCAGAUAUUAACUAGUGAAAGAAAAACCACUCAGGUCAUCCCCAGUGGUGACACAUCUUACAGUAUCAUGUGAAUAUCAGUUAUCCCAAUAGAUGCAAAAAAAAUAGGAAUAGACAUUUCAACAUAGGAAAUAAAAACCAACUCUAUGUCUCAAAUAACUAUAAGGCCAGAUAUAUAAAAGGUUUUAAAAUUCAAUGGUGCAACUUUAUGGGCAUCAAAACCAAAUCAUGUUUCUUCCUUAGUUGUCACUUUAAAGAGGUUGAAAGAGGUCAUUGAAGCCGUACUACCAUUCUCGCUAUGCUUGGUUAAUGUUGUGAGAUUUAUAACUGACUGAAGUAUGUAGCCGGCUGUCCCUAAGCACUUAGUUCAUUUGGUUAUAGCUAAGUGAUACUAAUGCCAGUAUUACCCAGGCCAGAUACUGACUCUGGGGUUUUAGUCCUAAUGUGCCCAGUAUUUUUUUAGUGAAUGCAGAUGAAUAGACACUUUGAUGUAGGAGAUUAAAGGCAUAAAAGACCAGAAUCCCUAAAACCAGUACAUUGUUCCAAAGUGGACUAUUUAAAUUUGAAUCUCAUCCCAGUGCCAAAUUUCUUGUUUUUUAAGUUCAGAAAUAUUUUUAAAAGUUUAAUGCACACUUGCUCUAUCUUUACCUUAGAAUGGGAAGACUUUCUCACCCCACCCCACUAUCAUCUCAACUAUAAAUUUGAGAGGAACUCAAAAUAGUAGGGAAAUGGACUUUUCUCCAGAGCUAGAAAGGCUUAGAGGUCACCUCAUCCCUACUUUUAGGCAGGAUUUCUUGAUGCUGAUCCCAAAAGACCACUCUUCUCUUUUUUAAAAAAUUUUCCAAAGAAAAUUCCAAGCCCUCCUAAACUUCUUCUUUCACAGCCUAGAUCCCUUUAUUGCAAAAUACUUGUAAUUUGUUAGUAAAGCAUUUAUCCCAUUUUUCAGCACAUAGUAAGUGCUCAACAGGGGCAUCUUUUACUGUUAGAUUAUUUUCAUUUUUGGUUAUCAUAUACCUACAGUUCCAGCCUAGAAAAAAAGCAGCCACUAGCUAAUCAUACAAGAUCCCCUUUUGUUGUUAAAGACUGGUUUAAAGAUUAAAGCUAUAUGACCACCAUCAUGAUCAAAAAAUUUAGUGGGUCCCACGUGUCCUGAUCAGAAGGCAGUGGUGUCAGUAACCAGAGCUUGCUGGCUGUCCCUUGUCUCCCAGACUUGUAUAGUCAAGAGUAGUGAAGUGGCCAGAGGGGGUCUCCCACAUUAUUCAGCUACAGAUACACACCCCUGGUUUUGCACUGCCUUUACUUUGGUGGUUCUAGGCUAAAUACAUUAUUUUGUCAGAAACCUUUCCUCUUUUUAAAUAUUUCUAGCAGAGUCUACCUCCAGCUACAGGAAUAAAUUUCACCAUCAAUCCCUCAAGGCUAUCUGUACAUGACACCACUGCAAAUGACCAAUUAAGUUGCACAGGAGAAAAAAAACCCCACAAACAUUUGGCAACCUGCUUAAUACUAGAUCCACAGUUUUCACCAGUUAGUUGUUCUGUGUCAUGUGCAGAUAUGUAGAUCCUGGGAGACAGGAUUAAAAGGUGAUCUCGAGAAUUCCUCCUCCCACGCCUAUAUUUGAUGAUUAAAACAUAUAUGGUUCCUCCACCUUGUGUCUGUGUCUUAGAUGUCCUUGACCAUUAUUAUAGAAGUGUCUUUAAUAGCAGUAUGUGCCCAACAUUGCUGUCUGUGGUCACUGUACCAUCUGUCUGCAAUCUUGAUAUCAGACACCUGACCAUGGGGCUCCCGGCAAGGACAGCCCCCCCCAAGAAUGCUCCCUCCCAGUCUUCUUGUGCACAGACUAUCAGCUGGCCAUGAAUGUGAGUGCCACUUGGUGGGGCAAAUUGAGGAAUGGAAGAAUAUUUCUUCUAACUUUGGUCAAGGCACUAAGUGUUAGACACUCUCAGGCAAUAAUGCAUUAUUGUCCUGAGGCCCAUGGAAAAAGGAACAUUGUCAAGUGCUAGGACACAGGAAAGAGAAGUCUUUGAGUUUCUCCAGUCCUAAUUAUUGACACAAAUGAGAAAAUGGACAUACAAAGGGGACAAAUGAUUUGCCCAUUGCAGGGCAAUUAGUGAGAAAUUCUGACUCUUCAUCUUGACUUCGUCAGUAUCAAGUGAAGGGAAAGAGGUUUUGGUCUGGGGUCCUUUGGGUACAAAAAAAGAAAGCUUGUGAAAGACGAAGAAAAGAAAAAUAUUUCUCAACACAAAACAAUAAAGAAGAUGCUUGCAUAGGUAUAUAACAGUCCACUGAUAAUGACCCAUGUUUUCCCCAGAAAUGAAGGAAAACCCUCUUAGUAAAUCACCAUUUGAUAAAUCAAUUUAGUUAUUGAUGGUUCACAGUUGACAAAAAUCUUAUCCAAUAAUCUAUCUUAAUAAAACUCUGUUUUAGUAAUAUGUAUGCAUAAGUUAGAAGCUGAAGGUUGAAAAUAGUUAUAGACUUUUCCUUAUGUAUAAUUUUCAGCAGGGGCCCCUUGAGUUAAGAAAUCCUUUCUGUAUUAUGCAUAAUUUCAAUGGCACACUUUAAAGUACUACAUUUAGUUCAACAUGCUAAGAAGAUGUACAAGUAAUAAUCACUUUGGUGAGACUUCCUUUCUUCAAAAUGAUAAACUGAGCAAUUUCCUGUAUAACUCUAGAUCGUAAAUCCUUUUAUCAUAUAAUUAUUUGUGCCCACAAGGCAAAGGUUUCUUCUUAGCUUCUACUCCUUCCUGAAUGUGUACAGUGGGGGUUUUGCUUACUAACAGAGUUGGGGCUGUGUACAUGUGGCUGAAGAGUCCAAAUGAGACACCCCAGGAUCUGAGGAUCUGGGCACCUUAGCUGGCUGUUUGACCUGUCUGGAUUCUGUGGCCCAAUAAAUCAAAGCCACAGAUGAGUUGAUGCCCAGGACCAAAAUAACUAAUUAUGUCUCCCUCACACUCUGACUGCUUUGCCACCUAAAUAUAACAUUUGAAAUGGGAAACAUCUUAGAAUGUCAUUAUUGAAGUAUGCAGUAUUUCUGAACAUUUAUUUUUAUUGUGGUAAUUUAUUGAAAAUAUGUAUUUGAAUAGAUACUUUAUGCUCUAUGAAGCUCAUUCUCUUGUUAUUGAUUACAGUGGAAUUACAGUGAAGAGCUUGUUGUGGAAUAACUGACUUCAGCUUAAGAUUACAUUUGGGUUCUGGAUUAGGACCUGAUUUAUGCCACUGAUUCAUCAGCAAAAAAAAAAAAGUAUGAAAUUAGGACUCUUCAAAAUACAAUUCUUUCUCCUCCCUCCAAAUCUUUAACUUGCAGUGUCUUGGGAUAAACCCAGCUUACAAAGAGUCAUGGGUGAUUCUGUUGUUUCCAGCACUUGGAAACCCAUAAUAUUAAUAUCUUGCAUAGUCACAUACACCAUUCUGACCAGAGUAGCUGAAUGUAUAUCAUCCAGUUAGUAUAAAAUGUUCAAGUUAUUAUGAUAUAUGGCAGUGUAGACACAGUCUUAGUGGCUCGAACAGUCAUCUCUUGGCCGGACUGACCCUUGGUUAAUCCAUAAGUGAGGAGUAAUUAGUCAAUCUAGUCAGAAUGGAUGCAAGCUCAAGGGCUAAGCUAGGAACAUGGCUUUAAUAUGCAUAACUCCAAAGUCAGCUCUUAAUUUCUUUUUCUGUAUUUCAAAUGAAGGGGCUAAUCAUAGGACAUUCAUGUUUAUAAAUAGAUAGACUGAGAAAUAGAGAAAUUAAAUGAUUUAUUCAGAUUCAAUUUGGGAGUCAUUCCCAGAGCCUGAAAUAAAAUACUCCUCAAGGAGUCUGAUUUCUCAGUCUCUAAGUCAUGUCCCAAAUAAGAGAUCUCCAACUAAAAUGAAACUAAUCAAAAAAGGAAAUUCAAAGGGCUAAAAUUCCCAGACGAACCCAGCAUAAGUGAGGUGAUCAGUUCCUACUAGCUGCCUCAUUCUGUUGGAGAAGGUGUGAGCAUCUUAAUGAAGUUUUUGCCAGGCUUCUUUCUGUAUAUGUGCACAUACCAAGCCUUUACUCUUCAGAAGAACCAAAUGACUCCUUUGAUUUCCCUUCUAUGUGAUUCAGUAACAGUUUUAGCUCUUUGAUACACUGCUAAGUGUUAAACAACUAACUAGCACAGGAGAACUGUCAUUUACCAAUUUCUGUGGUGUAAAUACUCUCAUCAUAGCCAGUUUCAAGCCACUAACUUAAUUUUAACCAGCUGAAAAUACAACAGUGUUUUCAAGAGCCAGUAUAAGCUGGCUUCACAAUGAGCCUCCUGGAGCACAGCACUGCCUGAACAAUUUUCAAGUCAGGGAGUAGCAAAUAGAAGAGGCUAGCAUUGGCUUUGGAGGGACACCCAAGUGCCCCUUUCCCACAGGGGAGCAUUUGCCACCUUGGACAGUUUCACCAAUUUUUAGUGAAAGACUAUUAUUUGGGCUGAGGUUGUAUCUCAAGUGUUUGAGCACUUGCCUAACAGGGGUGAAAUCUGGUGAAACUCCUCAGCACCACACACAAAAAACUUCACAUAGAUAUAGAUUUAGAUGUAGAUUAUAUAUAGAUAUAGAUAUAGAUGAUAUAGAUUUUAGACUACCACCCUAAAGGGUUCAAAAUAUAUCCUAGCCAUUUGCUGUCGGGAACCUCUCAACAGCUUCCUCAGUACCUUAGAUUAUCAGCAGUGGUUUUUCUAAUUUCAGAGUGACCUUCCAAGUACAUAAAUAAUCUCUAAUUUAACUGCCAGUUGAAACCAUUUUUGGCUGAUUUUUUUUCCAGUACUAAGGAUGGAACCCCAGAGCCUUCACACUGAGCCACAUACCCAUCCAGUUUUUUGUUUUUUUUUUUUUUUUUUAGAUAGGGUCUUUCUGAACCAUUAAGUUGCCGGGGCUGAACUCCUGAGCUCAAACUUGCCAUCUUUCUGCCUCAGUCUCCUAGAGUGUUGAAACUACAAUCUUGUAUCACCAUGCACAACUUCUUCUAUCUUUUUAAUCCUAUAGCCCAUUGCCUGGCUCCUCAAUUCUGUAGUUUGCCCUAUCCACUUGCUCGACUUCCUUCUGACAAAGCAUAAAAUUCAGAGGCAUCCAUAAAACAGGCCUACAAUGGCACAGGGGAAAAACAAGACACUUCUUCAGUUUAGCUGGUCCCAUGUACCUGUAGAAGCUCUGUGAUUUGUCUGUACCCCACCAAGGGGCACUCAGCUGAGCAUCAUUACUGGAAUCUGCAUAUGCACAUGGCGGUCUAUUUCCUUAGAGAAGUCAUUAAUGAUAAAAAAAAAAAAUUACUACUGAGCUGGAACACCUCUGGGCAACUUGAAUGGCUGAGUGGCCACACUGUAGAGCAAGUUGUCAGACAAUGCUUUGCACUUAGCUAAACUAAUAUAAAGCUGUAUCUGAAAAAAAAAAAUCUACCCACAAUCAUGUGGCCAUCCAGUCCUCUGGCACUGAGCAAGAGAGCUGCUGUCCUCCCUCACCACUGGUCAUGAGUGGACCAUUACUAAGUGUUUAGAAUUCACACACCCUGGCAAUACACAGAAUGUGCUUGCAAAUUAAAAAUUUUUCUGAUGGAAAUCAUUCUGAAGUGGGUAUAAUUAAAUCUUGUGGAAGGCAGUGCUGGGGAAAAAUACUUAAUUCCUCAGACACAGUGAUUGGACAUAGGUGUUUGUUCUGCAUUAGUGAACCAAAAUUAGAUCAUGAAGGACCAAAUCUACUUUCCUUGCUGUAGUAAAAUAUCUUGCAGGUUUUAUAAGGCAUUUCUACACUGUAAAUGUUUAAAACUCAAGUUGGAGAUUUUUUUAUACAGUAUUAUGUUUAAAAGACUAGGGCAUACCUCUGUUUUCUGUUCUUAACAAUCAUUGAAAUUAGCUUGUUUUUCUAUACUGAGCAAGCACAUUUUGCUUUAAAUAAAUCAGGUAUAUAUUUGAGUGUUUUUCUCUGUUUCCAAAGAGUUUUGUGUAGCUUGGGUACAAAGUACACUUUUGUUCUCUGGCUCUUCCUGAUGCCAAAGAGAUAAGCCCAUAGCUACAGGCACAAGAGACUUGGCAGGUAGGAAAUUUCCAGCAAAACCAGCCUUGUGGAACUAGCCAUGACCAUACUUUUAGCUAGGAAGAUAGGGAUGAAAAAUUGGUAGACAAUAAGAAAGAAGUUUGGUCAACAUAUAUAGGUGGAAUGAAGUCAUUAGGGCACUUACAAAAUGGAGGGAGAGGUUUCCCUUGAAAUACAAAAUCUAGACCAUUUUGUAAAACUUAGAGAAAGUGUACUUCACAUUAGAACUGCUGUUCAACCACAUUGCAAGAUCAGAUCUGUAGAUAAGCAGCCUUACAGCAAGACCCCUAAGAAGGAUUCAUGAUGGGCUGGGACUCAAUCACCAAGCAUCAGUCAUUAGCACUGAAAUUCUCCCAGGACACAGGAAAAACACACUGAAGAAUCACAACACAGGAUUAUUUAAUCAUCUGGGAUGGUCACCUAAGUCCAUAUCAGAACUUCACUAUCUCAUUACCACAGGUCUUGGUUUUAGAUCAACAUCCCCCCUGCAGAGAUGAGGCUCAGAAGGUCAAAGUGACAUCUCUGCUCAAUUGGAAUUAGAAUCUGGGUCUCCCAACCACUGAUUCCAUAUCAUACCAUUCUGCUUCUAUUCUUUAGGUAGGAAGUUGACAUUCCAUUGUGAAAGCAUAAAUUAGAAGUAAAGACAAGGGCCAAGGAUUUAACUCAGUGGUUCUGCUGCCUGCCUCGAAAGUGCAAGGUCCUGAGUUCGAUCCCCGGUACCAAAAAAAAAAAAGAAAGAAAAAUAGAAGUAAAAACAAAAGAAUACUUGUGAUAUUUUCUCUCAUUUUACCUACUGUGGUUUCACCAUUUCAUUUUAGUAUCAUGUUAAAGAAUAUUAGUGUAAAAAGAAGAGCAAAGCUCUGUGUGGAGUAAAUGAAACCAAGAGAUCAAAAGGCGGGAGAACAGUGAAUGUGAGUAACUAAAGAUGAGCAAAAAGAAUGUGUCAGGGAAAAGAAAUGCCUCUUAUGUUAUUACUGUGGAAUCCUCCCUCCACCACAGUUGACCCAUUUGUUUGAAAAAAUGCAUCUUAUGCUGAGAGACUUGUAAUGAAGACUUUGGCCCUUCUCAACUGCAUCAGAAGUUCCCUUGCUCUUUGGAAGAAGCCCUGGCUCUUAUGAAUCAGACUCACCUAUGUUGUGAGAGGUGGCCUCACCUGCCCUUGGAAACUCAAGUUGCUGCCAGAGGGUGAGGGACACAGACACCUGAAAGAAGCCAGUUCUGCUGGACUGAGGACCAUGUAAAUAUCUUCUGCCUUCUUGGUGAACAAGGAUGAUCAUCUUUCGUAGAGGUAAUUGCGUGUAUAUUGUGACUAGUGUGUGAAGAAACUGCAACAGUUUGCUUUAACAGCUCCCCAAAUGUACCUGUUAAGUGUGAAUGUGCCUGCCUCAUUGCCUCAUGUGCCAAACACAGUAAUGAAUGCAUUGUUUUUAAAUAAACUGUUUUAUUGUGCAUUGGAAAAAA